UGCGUAGUGUGAUCUGGUAAAGGGGCCGGGAGUACGCACUGUCUCUUCUCUUGGAUAGUUGAAUUAUAGCUACCUGCACCGCAUCUUUUUUUGACUUCGUUCCUCUUCGUCUGGCUUGCCGUAGCUAGCCCAUGGCUAGCGAUCGAGUGGCUAGCCCUGUGUGAUGUGUGUAGUAGGAGUAUUUGUCUCAGUCCUAGCUAGCCUUGAUUAGCUUGAUAGAUCAGUGGCGAUAUAUAGGAGUGACUCAUCAAUUCGCGUGCCGUCUGUUCUUGUUUUCUGGAAAGAUUUGGUCGUCCGAGCUAUAUGUAUGAUGUAUCUCUAGUUGCUUUGCGCAAAUUGUUCCAUCGAGCUGGGUGGGCUUUUUGGUGGUGUAACGGGGGAGGAUGGCGCACGAUCCGAGCCUCGGGUUCGCGGACUACUUCUCGGCGGCGGACGCGGCGGCGGCGUCGCUCAUGCCGCAGAUGGACGAGGGCGCGCCGGAGCUGUACGGCUUGCAGGCCGGGAUGGAGCUGCUCGGCAUGCGCGGCCUGCACGCUGCCGCCAUGCCCGGCGCGACGUCCGCCGCUGAGGAUGUUCACUGCGACGGAGGAGGAGACGGCCACGAUGGCUCCACCAUGCGCUUCUUCCUCGAGCAGCAGCAGCAGCAGCAGCAGCAACAUCAUCAACAUCACCAUCCGAGCCAGGCGCCGCUGUCCCUGUCGCUGUGCCGGCCGGAGGAAGUCGCGCAGCUGCACCAGCAGCAUCACCAGCAUCACCAUCUCGGCGGCUCGUCUCAGCAGCAGGAGCAGCAACAGCACGAGGUGGCCGUGGCGACGUGGAUGCUGCCGCACGACCACGACGCGGCAACGUACGCGCAGGCGCAGGGGCACGGCGCGCCGUGGCCCCUGCGUAGCUCCCGUUUCCUCGCCCCGGCGCAGCAGCUCCUGCAGGGCUACUGCAGCCUCCCCGUGGACACCACCCCGAAGCGCGGCAAGCCGCAGCAGCAAGACGAGGCCGGCGGCGGCGGCGAGGUGUCGUCGUCAUCGACGUCGGACUGGACCCCGUCGCCGCAGAUCCAGGCCAUGGACGCGCUGGAGCUCAAGAGGCUCAGGGACAGGCUCUACGUCAUGCUGGAGGAGGUGGAUCGGAGGUACAGGAGGUACUGUGAGCAGAUGAGGGGGUUGGCGGGCGGGUUCGAGGCGGCGGCGGGGGAGCGGGCGGCGUCAGGGUACACGGCGGUGGCGGCACGGACCAUCUCGCGGCACUUUCGGAGCCUCAGGGAUGGGAUCGUGGCGCAGCUGCAGGCGGUGCGGAAGGCACUCGGGGAGAAGGAUGUGUCGCCACCGGGGAUGACACGGGGUGACACCCCACGGCUCAAGGUGUUGGAUCAGUGCAUUCGACAGCAAAAGGCGAUGCACCAGAACGGUGGCAUGAUGAUGGACAGCCACCCGUGGCGGCCGCAGCGUGGCUUGCCCGAGCGCGCAGUCACCAUCCUCCGGGCAUGGCUCUUCGAGCACUUCCUCAACCCGUAUCCGAGCGACGUGGACAAGCACAUCCUGGCUCGCCAGACGGGCCUCUCACGGAGCCAGGUGUCCAACUGGUUCAUCAACGCGCGGGUGCGGCUGUGGAAGCCCAUGGUGGAGGAGAUGUACGUGGAGGAGAUGAAGGGCGAGCAGCAGGACGAUGGCGGCCUAAACCCUAACAACCCUAGCAGCAGCGGCAGCCACGCAUCCGACGCGCAGGGGCAGCAGGGGGCGGCCGCGGCCGACGAAGGCGAGCGUGUCGUGGCCGACGAACGGAAGCCGACGCGUGCGCAGCUGCACGUCGGCCACGACGCCGGCUCGCUCGCCUCCGUCGUCAACAUCGCCGGCGUCCCGGCGCGGAUGGAGAGCUACGGCGUCAUGGAUGCCGGCCACCACCUAGACUUCGACGCGUACGGCGGCGGGCAGGGCCAGGGCUUCGGGGGCGGCGCUGGCGGCGUGUCGCUCACGCUGGGGCUGCAGCAGCACGACACGCACGGGCACGGCGGCGGCGGGGGAGUGAACAUCGCGUUCGGCGCGCCGUCGUCCGCGCAGCACGGCGCGGGCGGGUUCUUGUUCCCGGGCGAGCAGAUGGACGUCAUGGGGUUGCAUCCUUCCGGCGGCCAUGGCCAGAACAUCCAGUUCGGCAUGGGCGGUCAGGGCGCCGCCGAGGGGUCGUCACACGGCGUGCAGGACCAGCACUACCGGGGGAUGAGCGCAGGGUUUCACCUCCUCCGUGACCUGGCCGGGUGACCUGCCGGUCGUCUCGUCUGCGCGCGACGGCCGGCCCGGUGGCAAGUGCAUGCUGCUUGCAUCGAAUGCCAUCCACGGCGAGGAAGCACGCAGCUAGCCGUGCCGCAACGGCGCCGGAGGAGGGGCGGACAUUGCUUUCCCCUAAGCUUUUGGUGGUAUUUGUUGUUGCCUGAUACGUAGGCAUCUCUCGCGGUCGAUCGGGUGGGCACGACGGCUGCAGUCCCCGGCUUAGAAUGACACUGCCGGAAUGGUGUGUUGCACAUUGAUUAGAGUACUGCGUAUCGUGCACCAGCAGGCGCGAGGAGUACGUAUGUACGUACGUACGUAGCCGGCCGUUGCUACUGAUCGUGCGUGUAGUUUGGAAGCGGCCGGGCAGGUGACCUGUCCAUGUAUCGACCGGCCGGCGCCGGAUGAUUGUCUAGGGGACCGGAGACUCGCAGCUUAUUAUUUCUAGUUCGAUUGAUCAAAUUGGUGGAUGAUUGGCCCGAGAUUGAUUGGUUAUAUUUGCUUA